CCGCACUUCCGGGUGCUGCCGCCGCCGCCGCCGCAGCCGCCGGUAACGGCUCCGGGCCGGCCCCGCCAUGUUCCUCCUCCUCCUCCCGCCGCCGCCGCCCCCAUGAGCCGCAAGAAAAGCGGCUUCGCCAUCACCAGCGUGCGCGGCGGCGGCAGCGGCACCGCGUCCGGCGAUGCCUCCGCUUCUCCGCCUUCCUCCUCGGGCAGCCCCGGCGGCUCCCGGUUCCGCCUCGUCCGCCUGCUGGCGCCGGGGGAGGUGCUGCGGCGGGGCCGGUGGCUGUGCCGCGAUUUCUACGAGCGGGACGCGUCCCCGCGGGGCGGCGCGGGUGCCGGUGCCGGUGCCGGUGCUGGCGGGAGGGUCCCGGUGUCGCUGGACGCCCCCCCGGGCCGGGCCCGCCCCGCACCAGCCGCGCUCGCUCGGGGCGUUCGCGCAGCUCGUGCAGCAGGCGCUGCCCCCCAAGCCGCCCUCGCCACGCCCAGGGGGCGGGGCCGAGCUCAGCGCGCGCCUGGGAUUGGCCGGCGAGGAGAGCGAGGACGAGGGCGCCGGCAGCGGCGGCAGCGCCAUCGACAACAAGAUCGAGAGGGCCAUGGACCUGGUGAAGUCGCACCUGCUGCUGGCGGUGCGGGAGGAGGUGGAGGCGCUGCGGGAGCAGAUCCGGGAGCUGAGCGAGCGGCGCGCGGCGCUGGAGAGGGAGAACCGCCUGCUCCGGGCGCUGGCCACGCCGCAGCAGCUGGCCCGCCUGCCCGCCCUGCCGCCGCCGGGGCCGCCCUGAGCCGGGGGGCUCGGGGGGGAUCCCGGGGGGGAUCCCGGGGGUCCCCGCUGCUGCUUGACCGCGAGGAGGGCACGGAGCGCCGCCGAGCUCUCCCGUCCGCCCUUCCUGCGCCAUUUGGGGCCUUUUUUAAUAAACGCGCGAUUUUUACAGCA